UCCAGGCUGCGAGGUGUGCAGAACCUGCGUGUUUGCUUGUCAAUUGGCACUUGGUCUCUAAUAAAUACACAUCAUGAUUAUUUCCCACUAAUUUCAUAAAUUAUCAUAAUGGUCUUCCGAAACGAGAUGCUACUUGCUGAGACGGCCUGCUUGAAUCUAACGCCCCAAAGUAAUUCCGGUUAAAAAUGUUUCACGUUUAAGAUGCACCACAAAAACAGAAUUUUAUGAAAAUCCAAAUUACCUAUCGGGGAUGAUCGCUAAAUUCGUCGGUUUGGUGAUAAGUGAUAAGCAGGUGACUUUAAACCUAUAUAAGAAGGCCAAAUCGAACCACUUCUUAUGAUUUGAAAUGUCGCUGUGCUUGGGAUUGUGUCUAUUGGGUCUAUUUGGCCUGGUCAUCCUUUCGGAAUCCGCCUCUAUAAGCCCUCACAUUGUGGGUGGCGAUCAGGUGGACAUUGCGGACUAUCCGUACCAGGUUUCCGUUCGUCUAGAGACCUAUAUGCUGCUCCACAUCUGCGGAGGCAGUAUCUAUGCCCCAAAAAUUGUGAUCACUGCCGCCCACUGCAUCAAGGGACGUUAUGCUUCCUACAUCCGGAUUGUUGCUGGUCAGAACUCCAUUGCCGAUCUGGAGGAGCAGGGCGUAAAGGUCAGCAAGUUGAUCCCCCAUGCCGGAUAUAAUAAGAAGACAUAUGUGAAUGAUAUUGGUUUGAUUAUCACCCGAGAGCCCCUGGAGUACUCUGCACUUGUACAACCCAUUGCCGUGGCUUUGGAGGCACCUCCUUCGGGAGCCCAUGCUGUAGUGAGUGGAUGGGGCAAGCGUACUGAGGAGGAUGAGGCUCUGCCCGCCAUGCUCCGUGCAGUUGAACUAGAGAUCGUGGAGAAAUCUACCUGUGGAGCCCAAUACCUCACUAAGGACUACACAGUUACAGACGAGAUGCUUUGCGCCGGAUAUUUAGAGGGUGGCAAAGAUACGUGCAAUGGUGAUUCCGGUGGUCCUUUGGCCGUGGACGGAGUCCUGGUGGGAAUUGUGUCCUGGGGCGUAGGAUGCGGCAGAGAAGGAUUCCCUGGUGUCUACACCAGCGUCAACUCCCAUACAGCUUGGAUCGAGGAGCAGGCAGAAGCAUAUCUCUAAAGCACUUAAAAGAAUUUUUAACCUAAAAGCGAACAAAUGAAACGAACAAAUUAUUACUUUACUACAUUAAUAAAUUCCAAAUGAGCA